AGCUUAAACUGUCUUACAACGGAACGAAAUCGGUAAAUUUUGUCAAAGGGAUUAGAAUUCUGAUAUUGCUAUCAUGAAUGCCAUCAUUGCCUUGGUGGUCGCUGCUGUCCUGAUUUGUACACGUGUUCAUGCUGAUGAUCUGCUUGAGGCAAAUGAAGCUGGAGACGAAGCGUGUGAUGUCACAGGUAAUGUCUGUUUUAAGUUCUUCCAUGCAUCUCGGGAGGAGUGGAGUGUAGCUAGAGAUAUAUGUGCCGAGGACGGAGGACAACUACUCGUCAUCGAUUCAUUAAUCCUUCACAAAAAGAUCAGACAAUACAUCAACCUACAUCCGGGUAUUCAGAGUCCAAAGGGCAAAGGUUACUGGACGGGUGCAAAUGAUAUAGAGGAAGAAGGUAAAUUUCAACUAAAUGAAUGUACUCCGUUCACAUACGACGAUGGAUGGCAUUCCGAAAAACGCGGAAAUCGAAUAGUAAAACAACCUAGCAACACAGUUAAACAGGACACUGAUGGACAAGACUGUGUUCAGAUAUGGAAGCGUCCGACAAAAAAUCCAGCGUGGAGAUUUGACGAUGACUAUUGUUGGAAACCGAAAUCGUUUAUUUGCGAAUAUGUUGCUCUAACCUGCGAAAGUGGAUUUUAUGAACACGAUGGAGAAUGCAAACCAUCAACAUCGUACUUUGUUACUUUCGUGUUCACGUCAGUAAAUGGAGUCACGGCCACCUACAGUGAUGUUUAUGUCGAUCCAGCAUCGAAUGAAUAUCUCACACUCUCGGAGUUGGUUAGUGAUUGGAUCAACUCAGUCCUUGGUAUAGAAAGCGCAGAUUACUAUGGUAUUGAAAUCCUUGGUUUUUAUCCUGGUAGCAUAGGCGUCGAUGCUGUUGUGCAUUUUGACCAGACUACUACUACAACAACAACCGAUGUGCGAGAAUCUCUGAAUACUGCGUCUGACACUGCACCGUUAGAAAUACUUCAAGCGACUAUUAAUGUGGCUGAUGACCGCGUUUCGUGGCGAGCGGACGGCCAUUGUGGUCCACUUUACCGAGGAACGAACGGGGUCAACCCAGCUGAAUGUGAUCCUUAUAAUACCACACCUUGCUGCUCUCCUUCGAAGGAAUGCGGUGAUUCACCAGCUCACUGUGAUUGUGAUGAAUGUAUAGACUACAGGGAUGUGUAUGGAGUCAAAAAGAUAACAGCAGCUACACCAAUCGCUACAACCGCUUUACCCACACCAAUCCAAUCUGAUGGACCCGUGAUCAGCACCUUUAAAGCACUACCUGGCACCACUCAAUGUGCAUCACAUUACAAAGUUUUCAAUUAUGCUAGUUUGGACUUGGCAUUAAACGCGCUUAUCGCUAACGAAGUGUAUGUUAAUUUCUGGGUAGAUGGCACUAUUGCUGGCAGUACAAUCACCUUCAGUGAUGGCACGUCGAUGGCUGUUGACCAUUCACUGUUUCAUGCUAAUGAGCCCAACGGAAGUGGUGGCUGCCUUCAUUUGUGGUUCCAUAACAGUGAAUGGAAAUUAGAUGAUACGCCAUGUACCUAUGCUCAGAUGUUCCUAUGUUCGGUCCCAAUAACAGAAUUAGUUGGGAUUGUAAUAAGUACGGAGAAAGAGCUUCCUGGAAGUACCCAGUGUUCAUCACCAUACAAAGUAUUCGAUCACUCCAGUUUGGACUUGGCAGUGAAUGCGCUUUUCGCGAAUGAAGAUUAUGUCAAUUUCUGGGUUGAUGGUACUAUAGCUGGCAGUACAAUUACCUUCAGUGAUGGCACAUCGAUGGCUGUUGAUCAUUCACUGUUUCAUGCUAAUGAGCCAAAUGGAAGCGGUGGCUGCCUCCAUUUGUGGUACCAUAACAAGAAAUGGAAAUUGGAUGACACACCAUGUACCUAUGCUCAGAUGUAUUUAUGUGUGGAUUAAAUGGAUAUGGUUUAAUCGAAAUCAACGGAUAAAAAAUAACUUUUUUGCGGACAUAUUCUGCAAACAUAUCAAUCAUGUGACUACGUUGUAAUAAUGAAUUGUAUUUUAGCAGAACAUUAAAAUUAUCCCAAGU